GAACUCGUGAAAGUCAAGGUGGCGUUUGAUCAGGAAGAAGAAUGCAUUAAAAGCCAGUGAAAUAGUGAGACUUGCAUUUUCUCCAUCCAAAAGAGAGAUUCCUCUGGAACAGGCCCAAUCCAUACGAGCCCAGGCCAAAGCCUCGAACAUGCAGGUUGCAGAAACUUCGAACGCAGCGGCGAGUAGCAAUGAGAAAUCGCAACUGGUUAUUAGACGCAGAGCUGACAAAUCCGACCUGUCUCUGCGUCCCCCAGUUGAGAUUGGAUGUUUCUCCAUGGAUGACAAGCGUGCCAUAUUCAUGGACAGACGAGAGGCUCGUCGCUGCGUGGAAGUUCCAGAUGGCGGAUUGAGAUCACUACCGUGGGAUUUGAACGAAGGAAUUGGUAACUUUCAAUGGAGCGACGAGGAUGAGUCCAAAGCAGAACGAAUCAAGCCGCUGCUGGAAUGGAUGAUGGAGAACGAUACCGUUCUGAAGGAGUUUCCGGACACGAAUUUCGUCAUGAAGCGUGGAGUCCUGCAAGAUGUCCUCACCGCACCAUAUGAGAUUGAGGGGAAAGCCAGACGCGCCAAGGAAUGGCGUGUUAAAGUGUGCCGAUUUAAGAACGUGAUUUACCUGUGCAAGGAUGUGCAGUUUCCAACGCCGUGGGUCGGCUCUUCUAAUUUAAGCGGCCGUGAGAAACAGGCCCUAUCCUGGGGUUUUAGAUUUGAAUCCUACUGCACAGCCUCCUUCAAUCCAGAAGCUGAACAGAACAACAGGUGGAAUAAUACUGCUGGAUUUGACACCGUGGUCUACACACAACUGGCUGAGCAUUCGUUCAUAUUGGCUGGGGAGGUGGAUGGUGAGCUUGAUCGACCAGGCCAGUCACCACCCUCCAACUAUGUAGAGAUGAAAAUCCAGGGAGAACUGCGCAAGCCUUAUCACUGGGAAACAUUCCAUCGACAUAAGCUGCUGAAAGCAUGGGCCCAGUGCUAUUGCACGGGUGUACCAAACGUGUUGGUGGGAUUCCGAGAUUACGAUGGUAUUGUUCAUAGAGUCAAGAAUUACCAAACUGCAGGUCUGCCUGGUCUGUGUGAGGCCUAUUGGAGUGAUUCUGUGUGCCUGAAUUUCGCAAAGGAAUUCUUUGACUGGCUGUGGGAAUGCAUCGAGGAGACUGACCCAAUGCAAGUGCAGUAUGAAGUCACAUUUCAACAAGAGCUCUCCAGGAUGUCACUGCGCAGGGUCCAGGAAAGUGACAAGGACCAGGCAAUCCUCACCCCAGCGUUUGUGGACGAAAUGCUAGCUGUGUAGCAUCCAUGAAGACAUGGAUGAGACAGUGAUGCUGCCAAACCAUCCCUACAUUUGUUGAUGGCAAUGCUACUAUGUAGCAAUCGCCAGUCCGAUGCAAUGCGAAUACUUGUUCAAGCUGGCAUGCCACAUUACCAGCCACCAUCAGAAGCUCCGAUUUUGCGUCUUCAAGUUCUAGUACAGUACAGUCGACCUACCCGUAUAACCAUAUUUGCGUCCGACCAAGAAAUAUUGUUACAGUCGACCUACCCUUAUAACGAUAACCUCUAUAACGAUAUUACCCUUAUAAAAAUAUUUUUCUGCCUAACCAAAUCACUCCAUUGACUUGUGUAUACAAUGCCUUACCUCUAUAACAAUAUUGCUAUAACGAUAUUACCCCUAUAACGAUAUAAAGUGGGCUGACCAAUCGACAUUUUCCAUUUUAUAACAAUACUAGCAGCACCCCCGGCCAGCGUUGCCUGGCCGAACGUGGCAUGCGGGUGAAGCAAGUUAAGUGUACAUAAACAGCACACGUGCUCAGCACGUGGUGGUGGCUACACGAUUCGCACGCUUCGCGUGCUCACUGCUAGCUACACUGUUCGCACGCUUCGCGUGCUCAGGGCAGCGCUGCUCCGCAGCAUGGCCUGAGCGUGACACACAGACAAACACACGUCACAGGUG